GAUCCUAUCCUGCUGUCCCUGUUGUGAGUCUCGACGUCUUCCUUGUUCAGGCAUCGGCUCAAAGGACGGCACAUUGGUAGCUUACACCAACGCUGGCCUCCUGCCCUCCUGUCGACCCAUAUCCCUCCGGAACGUCUACUACUCUCGCUCUCAUUCUCGCCGACAUGACCACGACAAAAACCGCAGCUCCAACCGCUUUAUGUCCGUAGCCGAAGCGAUGGGUCGAGCCUUGCAACAGACGUCCAUCUCGACAAACAUCAAGGAACGGUUGGACUUCAGUUGCGCGUUGAUGAACGCCGACGGGUCGUUGAUCUCGAACGCACCCAAUGUGCCUGUACAUUUGGGCGCCAUGUCCUUCGCCGUGGUCUACCAGCUGGCCAAGCUCGGACCUUCUCUUCGUCCAGGCGACGUCCUCCUCGCCAACUCCCCCAUCGCCGGUGGAUCUCACUUGCCAGACUUGACCGUGAUCACCCCCGUCUUCUCCCAACCCGCCGAAGAAGGCUCGAGCGAACAACCCAAGAUCAUCUUCUUCACCGCCUCUCGGGGUCAUCACGCCGACAUCGGAGGGGCUCAACCGGGAAGUAUGCCCAGCUACAGCACCUCCUUGGCACAGGAGGGUGCAGAGAUUAUCAGCUUCAAACUCGUCGACGCGGGCAAGUACGAUCGGGACGGGCUGUACAAGCUGCUCGUCGAGGACCCGGCCGAGAUCCCGGGAUGCUCGGGGUGUAGGGAUUUCAGGAGCGUCGAAUCGGACUUGAAAGCUCAAAUCGCUGCCAACUACAAGGGGAUCCAGCUCAUCCACGCCUUGAUCGCCGAGUACGAUUUGGCCACGGUACAGUCCUACAUGGGACACAUCAGGGAUAACGCCGAACGUGCCGUCCGAAAGAUGUUGAUCGCGGCUGCAACCUCCGCGGGGAAAGAUACGCUCUACGCCAUCGAUCACAUGGACGACGGCUCUCCCAUCGCCUUGACGGUCAAGAUCGAUCGAUCGACCGGGGACGCCACGUUCGACUUUACCGGGACCGGACCUGAAGUGCGAGGCAAUUGGAACGCCCCCAUCUCGGUGGUCCACAGUGCCAUCAUCUACUGCAUGCGAGCGAUGAUCGAUCAAGAUAUUCCGCUCAACUCGGGCUGUUUGUUGCCGCUGAACAUCAUCAUCCCGGAGAAUACCCUAUUAUCGCCCUCGCCCGACUCUGCGGUUUGCGCUGGGAAUGUUCUCACCUCGCAGCGUAUCACCGACGUCUGCUUGAAGGCGUUCGAGGCGUGUGCCGCGAGCCAAGGGUGCUGUAACAACUUGUCAUUCGGUGCAGGUGGAAAGAACCGCGAGACUGGAAUCGUCGAGCGCGGUUGGGGAUACUACGAGACUAUCGCCGGUGGUAGCGGAGCUGGACCUUCUUGGCACGGAACGUCUGGUGUUCACGUUCAUAUGACCAAUACGAGGAUCACGGAUCCCGAGAUCCUCGAGCGUCGAUACCCUGUCAUUCUCCAUCAAUUCGGAUAUCGUCAGGGGUCGGGUGGAGAAGGACUUUACCGCGGAGGCAACGGCGUGGUUCGAGAGAUGCAGUUCCUGCAAGAUAUCGAGGUCUCGCUCUUGACCGAGCGCAGAGCCAGACAACCUUACGGACUCGCCGGAGGACAGGAUGGUCAGAGCGGCUUAAACCUACAUGUACGGGAGACUCUAGACGCCGAGGGCAAGGCUGUACGUCGCGUGCGCAACCUCGGGGGCAAGGCGACCGUGGCCUUCGAGGCGGACGAUCGACUCGUGCUCAAUACCCCUGGUGGAGGUGGAUGGGGUGUGCCAGGAGAAGUCGUCGAGACACAGUCAGAGGUAUUUGGAUGGCAGCCGAGGGGAAGCCUUGCCGAGAGAAGCGCGCUUGAAGCCGCCUUUGGAGCUUGAGCUGAUGCGCGUGGGCUGUUUCGAUCGAAAUGACAAGGUUGUAUUCGCCAUUUAGCGAUGUAUGUACAUGAUGUGAUGCUAAGGUGCUCUCUG